AGCACGUCAGCAGCUACACCAACAGACACGCCUUGUAGCUCAAACCUCCAAACUUCCAGUCGCUCAAUUAUUUAAGAGAUCUGGGCUUGGCGGAUAUACUUGGCCAAGAGCCUCGUAGUAGUGACCUUGUAAAAUUUAUACUGUGUCUCGUUGCCAUUUUUUGAUUGCAAACCCAUUGUUUUGCUCAGAUUCUCAUCUCCCCGCCGUCUGUCAUCCGCCAACGGGGCCAUACAUACACCGAAUCCGCAAUGGGCAGCUUGCACCCUCAGGACGAAGUUCUGCGCCGUUCCCUCGAGGACCCCGAGGGAUUCUGGUCUCGCCAGGCCGAGCAUCUGCACUGGCACAAGAAGCCCUCGUCCACAUUGAAGGUCGCCCACAAGACGCUCAAGGGCGGUGUGACCCACAAGACCUGGGAAUGGUUCCCAGGCGGCGAGAUCUCGACCUGCUUCAACUGCAUCGACCGCCACGUCCAUGACGGAAAGGGCGAUGCCCCGGCCAUAUUCUACGACAGUUCCGUGGCCAACACGAAGCAGACCAUCACAUACAAGCAGCUGCUUGACGAGGUUGAGGUCUUUGCCGGGGCACUGAGGGAGGAAGGAGUAAAGAAGGGCGAUGUUGUCCUGCUUUACAUGCCUAUGAUCCCCGCGGCGCUUAUCGGUAUCCUCGCCCUCAACCGCCUGGGCGCCAUUCAUGCCGUGGUCUUUGGUGGCUUCGCUCCCAACGCCCUCGCACAGCGUAUAGAGGCCUCCCAGCCCGUGGCCAUCCUGACAGCCUCGUGCGGCAUCGAUGGCAACAAGCCGCCAGUGAGCUAUAAGCCCCUCGUCGAGGAGGCAUGCCGGAUCUCCACGCACAAGCCCGACAAGGUCGUUGUGUGGCAGCGCGAGCAAGUGCGGUGGCACCCUAUUCAGAGGAACGACGGCGAGAGGAAUUGGCAGAGCAUCGUCAAGAGCUGCCGCGCAAGGGGCGUCAAGGCCGACUGCGUGCCGGUGAAGUCGACAGAUCCCAUAUACAUCAUUCACACGUCGGGGACGACGGGGUCGCCGAAGGGGGUGGUGAGGGACGCUGCAGGGCACGCUGUGGGGCUGCAUCUUUCCAUAGGUUAUAUGUUCAACAUUCACGGCCCGGGGUGCGUGUCUUUUACAGCAUCAGAUAUUGGCUGGGUUGUCGGCCACAGCUAUAUCGCGUAUGCCCCCUUGCUAACGGGCGCCGCCACAGUCCUAUACGAAGGAAAGCCUGUAGGAACACCGUCUGCCUCUGCCUUCUGGCGCAUCGUAGAGGAGUACAAGGUCAACACCAUGUUCACGGCGCCCACGGCCCUGAGGGCCAUCAAGCGGGAAGAUCCCGACAACAAGUUCUUUAGGCAAGUAGGGGAACGGGGUGGCCUCAAAACACUCAAAGGGCUUUUCCUCGCGGGAGAGCGUUCCGAGCCAGCAAUUAUCACCAUGUAUCAGAAACUCCUCAACACCCAUGGCGCAGCCGACGCCCAGGUCGUAGAUAACUGGUGGUCGACGGAAGCUGGCUCGCCCAUCACCGGGAGGGCUCUCGUGCCGUACGUUGCCAUGGAUCGGAGAACGGGCGUUCGCAAUCACCCCCCUCUAAAGAUCAAGCCGGGUAGCGCCGGCAAAGCGAUGCCUGGGUUUGAUGUCCGGAUCGUGGAUGACGAAGGCAAGGAGGUCCCCAGGGGUACAAUGGGCAAUAUUGUACUUGGGCUUCCCCUGGCUCCAACGGCGUUCAGGACUUUGUGGCAGGACGAAGAGCGGUUCUACAAAGGAUAUAUGAAGCGCUUUGAUGGCAAGUGGUUAGACACGGGCGACGCAGGCUACAUUGACACCGAGGGCUACGUCAAUGUCAUGUCCCGUAACGACGAUGUUCUGAACGUCAGCGCCCACCGGCUGUCAAGUGGCGGUCUCGAACAGGCCAUAACGUCGCACCCCCUCGUUGCCGAGGCCUGCGUGGUGGGCAUCCCUGACGCGCUCAAGGGUCAGCUCCCCUUCGCCUUCAUCACGCUCUCGACACCCGAGCAUCCGGCUUCGGCGGUGCCCAAUGCAAAGCUCGCCGACGAGAUCAACGCGCUCGUGCGCUCGCAGGUCGGCGCCAUCGCAUCUCUGGGCGGACUCGUACAGGGAAAAGGCAUGAUCCCCAAGACGCGAAGCGGCAAGACGCUGCGGCGCGUGCUGAGAGAGUUACUCGACAACGCGGUCCACGGCGAUUUCGACAAGGAGGUGCAAGUGCCGAGCACGAUCGAGGAUGCCGGGGCGGUGGAUAUAGCGAGAGACAAGGUGAGGGAGUAUUGGAAGGUCAAGGGGAGUGGGCAUAAGAGCACGGAGGCUAGGGCGAGGCUGUAGGUGGGUUGCAGCUACAUGAACAUACAUGAAAUCUCAAUCUCCUCCCUUGCUACAUGGCAUGGGAGGUCAAGAGCUUUUCUAACGUGAUAUAAUCUUGUCUUGCGCGCCUUUGGUUUGGAGAUGGACAGCUAUAAUGCACAGAAUUUGUACAGAUGAUAUAGAGAGAUGAAGGUACAAAACCAAGCAGCGUCCGGUAUGAAACGGCGUAAACAGGAUCUGUGGAGAAUAAAGCCAUAUGUCAAGCAUCCAACUACUACUUAGCAACAGUAAAGGGAAAUUGGUCCUUCAAUCAGUUUUAUCUUGAGAAAGUCUCAUCCCAACAAAGUGCCAAAAGGGUUGCUUUGUUCAGGUCGCUCAAAGCACCUCUAUCCGGG